GCAGCUCAAACUUAAGCAAAGAACCAAAUUCUUCAAAUUUUCUCCAUUCAAAGAAUUAAAUUUCCUUUUAUUUUAUCUUCCCUUUCCAUAUAAAUAUGCAGACGCUGCUUUUACCGGCAGCUCGCUCCGGCAUUCCUCCGCCGUUUCCGGCAGUAACAAUGGCGGCACAAUCGCAUCAUUCGAGGCGGAUGCGAAACUUCUGUUGCUUUCUCUCUCCUCCAAAUUCUCUCUCCCCUCUCUCUCCUCCCUCUUCUCAUUCGUUUCUUCCUUCACUCACUUUAAAAAAUCCGAUUAAAAUGGUGCAAUUUCGACCCCUAAUGGCUUCCGGUGGUUUUUCUUCACCUAGUGAUGAGUCUGACCAGGCUAAACUUGCUCAGGUAGCUAAAAGACUAGAGAACACUGCCAGAUAUUUUAAAAGGUUGGGCACUUUUGGUUUCUGGGCGCAGUUAGUGUGCACCCUUGUGGCUGCCGUGAUUCUUUCAUUUUCCAUUGUAGUCACUGGGAAGAUUUCAUCGCCUGCUACCUUCUAUGCUACAGCGGGUGGAAUUGCUGCCGCAUUUAUUUCUGUUUUCUUUUCUUUUGGUUAUCUUCGCCUAGCAGAUAAACUCCGCAGAACAGCAAAUGACCCAUCAAAGGCUCCCCCUCGUGCUGAUGUUGUCAGAAGUCUGAAAAAUGCAAUAGUUGUGAAUGUUAUUGGUAUAGGUUCUGCUAUCCUGGGAAUGCAAGCCACUGUUGGGUUACUUGUUGCAAAGUCCCUCACUUCAUCUGCAUCUCCUUAUUAUCAGGGCAUAGCUCCUGGAUCAAGUCCUGUACUUGCCCUGGAUGUGUUCUUAGUCCAGGCAUCAGCAAACACCAUAUUGUCUCAUUUCUUUGGUCUCGUUUCCUCCUUGGAAUUGCUGCGAUCAGUGACAAUGCCCGCUGGUCAAGCUUCACCUGCUGCAAAGACGGCAUAGGCCUUUUUUGUGCUUUUCAUUUCAACUGUAUACACGAGAAUGUUCUUGAUGAAUUUCUAAUUUGUAUCUCUUUCAUGUUGAUAGUUGUUUGUGAACUGUGAACUGUAUCAAUAACAGCUGUAUACAAAAACAUUAUUAGGGCGCUGAGAACUUUUAGAGUACGUUGCUCAAAAUCGUCAAUAUUUUGGAAUAGAUUAUCUUUUACUUGGCUGCA